CGGACUCUGCAUAUGCAGACGUAGAAGUAAAAAGGAAAGACCUUUUCGGAACUUGAACCUUUUUGUUUCUGGUUCUCAUAAUACAAUCAAUUUGUUAAACAUCCCAUUUGAUGUUUGUGAUUUCUAACUGUCGGAUAGUGUUGCCAUGAUGGAACAAAAUAGAAGUCUGAAAACAAUCUUCAUUUGUCUUUUUUCAGUAAUCGUUUUGCAAAUUACUGAAGCCGACGUUCCUUGUUCGCCAUCAGUCUUUAAAUGCUUCAAUGGAAAAUGCAUAAAGCGCAAUUGGUUCUGUGAUAAUGCUGAUGACUGCGGGGAUAAUUCUGACGAGCGCUAUUGUGCUAUAGAUUCUCAAACUUCCUGUCCUUCUAAUUGGGUCCGUUGCCCCGAUAUGCUGAGGUGCAUCCCGGAACACUGGAUGUGCGAUGGAACCACGGACUGCAGGGGCGUGUCUGAAGAAAUAAACUGCGGGAAUGAUGUGAUGAAAAUACCAGGCGUUGCUGCCGCCAAAACAAGAUUAAAGACAUGGUUUUUGCAGAAAAGAAAAAGGAGUCCCAGCACCAGCAAAUGGGGUCCUCAGAUUCAUCGAAUAGCCGUCGCUUUGCAGUUGGCGGACGAGUCCACUUUUAAUUCUACGAAUUAUAGGGACGAUGAAAUUCGUUACGAACUCAUUAUACAAUUCCUUCAUCGUUUUACAAAAGAUAAAAAGAUGAGCUCACAGGAACUUGCCUUGUACAUUCACGCUAUGCUAGUGUCUUGUAUGGAUCCGAAGGACUUCUACGGAGACAAUUUAGUACUGGAACUGCGCAAGAGAGUGGAAGCGACCGGAAAUUACACAAACCCCUUCCAGAUACUCGUUCUGUGUAAUGCGGGAGACACCAUGACAAUCAAAGAUGUAGAAAGAGUUACUGCCGCCUUUGACUCUCAGCACAGACCUUUCUGGACAGAUUUACAAGCCUUAGCGAGUAUGGCGCUAGCUUGCAUCUCUUCUCGUGCCGAGGGAAUUGUGGACGAGCGCAUCCUCAAAGAUAUGCUACAGGAGCUGAAGCGCCACCAAUUCAGAAACGGAACAGUCGAUAACUUCAGGACUACUGCUCUCGUUACUCAGGCUAUGUUCAUCCACGAUUCCUACAAGAAGGAAUACGACCUGAAUGCUGCCGUACAAGUAUUAAUUGACGGCCUGACAGGAAAUUAUUCUCUCCUUGAUGCCUAUUAUACUCUUCCGGUCUUCUAUGCUAAAAGCCUACUGAACGUCACCGCUAAUCACUGCAGCAAGGAUCCGGGUACAGAAGAAGAAGCUUUACAGAAAUUACUGGAUACCAAUGGUGAAGCAAUAAUUGUCAAAUAUUCUGUAUGGAUUGGAGACAAGAUAAAUCUGGCCCGAACUUGGGGACUGAGAAUUCCUGCCAAUAGCACCAUUUAUGCUGCUAUCGAAACCGUGGCAAAGAUAGACAACAGACAGAAUGUCAAAUACAGCGUUGUGGAAGGCAAACCAUACGUCAAGGCCGUGAACGGGAUAGAAGACGAUCCCGAAAUGGGAACGUACUGGUUCAUUUACUUAAAAUCUUCCAACUCCGACGAUCAACUAAACAUCGUGGAAGAAAGUCCUGCGGAUUUGAAACUGCUUCCUAAUCAAGAAAUAAUACUGUGGUACAAACCUGCUCCGUGGAUCGGACCGAUCUUGAACUAAAAGGCAAUUGCAUCGGCUCAGUUAUCUUUUUAAGAUCACCUUUAUAUAUAUAUCUUUGAAAUAAUUAAUUUGCUAUUUUUCUACAAUUCAGUUCAUAGAGUGUUUAAAAUAAUAUAUAUAUAUAUAUUAAAGUUUUUAUUUUUCUUA